UCUCUAUCCUCCAUUCUCCACUCCCCAUUCCAGACAAAAAAAGGCAUCAACUUCUGACAUUUCUAACGCAAAAACCUCUUUCCUUCCAUCCGUUCCAUCUUCUUCCCGACCAUAUCUUAUCUUGUAACGUGAUAUAAUAUUUUACAUAUAGGAUAUAAAUAACUAUCUAUCUAGUAUCCAUAUACGUAUAUGGCUGACCACCCGCCUUUAGACGUACAAAAUCCAGAUGACGUGCAUGGCGGCGACCGGGCAACUCCAUUGCAACCACCCGAACAACAGCCCGUUUUUGUCCACGGCGACAAUGCACCGCAGCCCGAGCCCCCUCCACCCACCCCGACCGGCGGCCGCGUGGGAAGGAACCGCCCGGCCGCCAGGAAGCGUCCGAGCUACCGCGGCGUGCGAUCGCGGAGCGGCAAGUGGGUGUCGGAGAUCCGCGAGCCCCGCAAGGCCAACCGCAUCUGGCUCGGCACGUACCCGACCGCCGAGAUGGCGGCCGUCGCCUACGACGUCGCGGCGCAAGCGCUCCGGGGAGCCGACGCGGUCCUCAACUUCCCCGACGAUAUCUCGUCCCGCCCGACCCCCGCGUCGGCCGCGCCAUCAGAUAUACGUGCUGCAGCCGCCGCAGCUGCCGCGGAGCUGCUGCUGAGGCCGGAGAGGCAGGAGGAUGUGGCGGCGGCGUCGAGGGCUCCGGGGAGCAGCGAAACGGGGGGCAGUAGCCGGUCUGGAGAGGGAAAGGAGGGUGAGUUUAUCGACGAGGAGGAGAUCUUCGACAUGCCCAACCUGUUGGCGAACAUGGCGGAGGGGAUGCUUAUGAGUCCGCCGAGGCUGAGCCCGAUUGAUUCCGAUGACUCGCCGGAGGUCUCGGAGGGACAAAGCCUAUGGAGCUAUCCAUAAAAUUAGCAGGCCGGAUGUUAGGUGGGGGGCUCCUAAAGGACUAUGAGCGAGGAGGGAUAAGGAGACGGAAGAGGGGCAGCUGCGUUUUCCCAUAUUAGCCAUCUCUGUAGACCUUUUUGGAAUGGCUGCUAUGGUUUCAGUGCGUGCAUGAGAACUACUUGAGCUCCAAUAAUAGUGUAUGAGGUGUUAUGUCAUGGUUGUUGAUGCUUUCCUGGUACUUAUAAUAGUAUUUGUAAACUCUAGUUUUUCUAUGGUACCUGGGGUUUUGGUGGAGAGCGUGGUUCUUAAUUUAACUAGUGUGAAGGGAACACAUUUUUCCUAUGUCAUACAGGAGAAUUGGAUUCCGAAGUAUCCAACUCUAGGUCUACGUGGGAGCUACCAUCUAAACUCGCAAGGAAAAUUCAACGAGAUUGAUAUGAAAAGGAUCCUUUAUCUUUUGACAAGUACUUACUAGUUUAGCCCUAAAGACUGUUCGAAGCUGGCUCCAUUAUUCUUCUCUAUCCUCGCAACAUAUGGAACAAACCUAUUUGCAGAUGGAUGAUGCAAGAUCCUGGCUCAAGCUCA